UUGGUUGUAAAAAGCGGAUAAAAAAGACGCAAAAUUUUAUAAAAAGGUGUACUGAUUGUAUUUUUUUUUUAUUUUGGGGAACAUAAGUAAAAAAAACAGAAGAAAAAAAUAAUAUAAAAUAAAAAAAAGUAUUUUCUUUGCCAAAACUUUAAUAAUUAUUGUGGAUACAAUUUGCAAUUUAUUGGGGGAGCACAAAAUUUAAUAUUGAAAAAAAAGAAGGAAAAACUUGUACUAAAAGUUAAAAAAAAUAAAUUAUGUGUGUGUGCGUGCCAUAGUCAAUUCAAUAGAAAAUUAAUAAAAUAAAUUUGAAUAGGUGAAAUUAAAGUUGGAAAGAAAAAUUUUUACGAAAUUUUAUGAAAUAAAGAAAAAAUUAUUUUGAAAAUUUUAUCAUUUCAAUAAUAAAAUUUAAUUGAAAAAUAAAAUUAAAUAAAACUUUAAAGAUUAAAGGAGUCAAAAAAAAAUUAAAUUUGUAUUUGAGAUAAAAAAACCUGUAAAAUUUUAACAUCAAAUUUGAUAUUUGAAAACCACAAAGCAGAAAAAAAUAAUCAAAAAAGUUUUCAGACUUUUCAAUUUUUUUUUUUGUUUGUAUUGUUCAAAAUGAAAAAUUACAAGAAAAAGUGUUAAAGUGCACACACAUGUGGAUAUAAACAAAUAAUAAAUUUUAAUUAAAGAAAAAAUUUUUGUUCAGCUAAGGAAUAACCACAAAAUAUUUUAGAACCUUAAUGGAACUCACAAUAAAUAAAAAACAUUCUGGUUUUUGGAAAACAUAUGGAGUAGAAAAAGUUUUUCCUAAUGUGUCUGACCAAUCGAUCGACCACAAAAUCACUAAUAUUGUCACCAAAUAUUAGACGUGCAUAUGUGAAAAUUUUAAAUUAUAUACAAUUAUUUUUCUGUUAAAUAAAUUGUGAGUACUUAGAUGUAUGAAAUAGCAUAAAAAACGAGAAAAAUUUAUAUUCACACAUACAUUCUUCAACAAAAAGAUAUUGCUGUCAGUUAUUUAUAAAAUGAGCUAAAUGAGCGUGAGAUACAAAUACAAAAAAAAAUUAAAUUAACUAAAAAUUAAAAUAAUGCGAAAAAAAAACAACAAAACAAAAAAAUAAAAAUGUCAAAAAAUUAACGUGAAACUGUCUCAUGUCAUUAUUUAUUACUAUUUUGUGUAAUAAUACACUUUUAGAAUAUUAAAAAAACUAGAGUAAGUAUGUACUCGUAUGUAUAUAACAAAAUAUGGAAUACUGUUAACUUAUGUAUGAAUAUACCAUGUAGAUGUCACUGUGCAAAAAUAGUGCAAACCUAUACACAUAUUGCAUAAAAUCUAAGUUUAUAUAUGAAUGUGUGGAGCUUGUUAUAUAGAUUUAAAAUAAAUAUAUAUAUAUAUAUCUUGGAAAUCAAGCAUUAAAAAAAUUAAAAUUUUUAGAAUAAAAUAAGCACAUGAAUUUUUCUGUUUUUUAAAGUGUAAUAAUGUGUAAAUUAAAAAAACGCUGGAUGAAAAAUAUUAUUAUGAACUAGAAAUAAUACAAAAUUGUAAACGUGUGAGAAUAUAAAAAAACAGUCUACACACAUAAAAUAAGAGAAACAGAUUCUGUUUCAUUAAAAAAAAAUUAAUUAAUUCCACACAAUUUUAAAUUUUAAAUUAUUGAAUUUUUAAGUAUAAAAAAACUGUGCGCCAUUUAUAAUAGAAUUUUUAAUUAAUUUAUAAAUUAUUUAGUGGAAAUAUAAUUAAAAUUUUAUAUUUUUGGUAUAGAAAUUAAUAUUAAAAUUCAUUAAAAUUUACAAAAAUUAAAAAAAAAAGAUUAAAAUUAACAAAAUAAUUAAUUGGGAAAAUUACAAAAUUAAUUAAAAAACAACAAUUUAAACGAAACUUAUAAGUAAAAAAAAAAAUUAUUUCCAAAUAAAUGUUUAAAAAGUAAUGGCCAGGCAUAAAACUCGUGCCUAUCGAACUAGAAGUUGGUUUCUAUUGAAAGGUUCUGUGAUUUUGGUAUUAAUGAUGUGCCUAUUUAUUAAUAAUUAUUUAAUGAUUGGUAUUAAUGCAAAUAAUACAAAUUAUAAUAUUGAUAAUAAUAAUAAAAUAAAUUAUAAAUAUAAAAGAAAUGAAGGAAACUAUAAAAAUUUAAUAAAUUCAUCAACAAUUAAUAGUAAAGCAACAGCAGUAAUAGCAGCAACAACAACACCAGCUACAAUUACUACAUCUGCAAAUCCUAUACCAACAUUAAGAACAAUAACAGUUGCAGCAACAGUAACAACAGAAAAUUAUAAUAAAAUUGAUAAUAAUAAUAUUGAUAAUAGCAGUAACAGUAAUAAUAAUAAAGAAUUAGAAAAUUUUUUAUUUAAUUUCAAAAAUUUCACUACUAUUAAUAAAAUAUCGUCGACAACAAAACCUAGAAUAAUUAAUUUAACAAAUCAAUUAGUAGAACAAAAUAAAUUAUUAAUUAAUAAUAAUUAUAAAAAUAAUAUUAAUAAUAAUGAUAAUAAUAAUGAUAUUAAUUUUACGAGAGAUAAAAGUCUUAAUUCUUUAUCAACAAAAUUUGCUAAACCAGUUUCUAAGCCAAUAUUUUCAACUUCAAUAUAUUCUUAUCCUUUAUCUUCUUUAUCUUUAUCAUCUCUUUCCGCUUCUUCUUCUUCUUCUUCUUCGUCUUCUUCUUCCAGUUCUUCCUUAUCUGGUUCCUCUUUUCCAUCUUCUUCUAUUUCAAUACCUACAUCUUCCGCACCUGCUGAAAGUGGAAUGAGUACAUUGUCAAUAAAAAAGCAAAUUCAUAAUAGUAAUAAUAACAAUGAUAAUAUUUUUAGUAAUAGUAAUAAUAAUAAAAAUGUAAAAUAUAAAAAUGUUAUGAAUGAUUUUGAUUUAACAAAAUUUCGUGAAACUGUUGUAAUACCAUCAUCUGAUCCGGAAUUAGAUGCACAACGUUUAUAUGAACAAUCAUUAAAGGAGUAUGGUGUUAUUGAACCAAUUAAAAAUUUACGGCAAAUAUGUGAUUAUUGGGAAAAUAAAUUAAAGUGUCAUUGCACUGGUCAUAUUGAACAAAUAACAUUAACAUGUAAAGGAUUAAGAUUACAACAAAUACCAUUAAAUAUGCCAAAUGAUAUUGUAAUUUUGGAUUUUGGAAGUAAUAAUAUCUCAAAACUGCCAGCUGAAGCAUUUAAAUCGGUGCCAAAUCUAGAAGAAUUAUCCUUAGCGGACAAUAUCCUUAAAGUAAUAGAUGAUGAUGCAUUUUUAGGUUUACAUAGAUUAAAACGUUUAUCUUUACAAAAUUGUGGCCUUACUGUCUUACCAGGAGAUUCAUUUAAAGGAAUUCCAAAUUUAGCAUCGUUGCUGCUUACUGGCAACGCUUUAGCUAGUAUGGAUAGUGAUAGUCUUAAAUAUCUUCAAAAUUUAAGGACACUUCGUCUUGAGGGAAAUCUUUUCAACAGGAUACCAACUGCAGCUUUAAAUGGAAUUAAAACACUUGAAGCACUAAAUCUUGGCAGUAAUUUAUUGACAAUAAUUUCGGAAAAUGAUUUUCCACAAAUGAAUAAGUUGGUUGUAUUAUUACUUAGACGUAAUCAAAUUCAUACAAUUGCACCUGAGGUAUUUUCAAAUUUUCCAGCAUUAAAAAUUUUAGAACUAAAUGAUAAUUUGUUAAAUGCAUUGCCAUUAGGAUUAAAUAAACUUACGCAUUUACAAGAACUAUCAGGUUCUGGGAAUCGUAUAAAGCAUAUAAACGGAAGUGAUUUACCAAAAACUAGUUUACAGACAUUGGACUUGCGGGCGAAUCCAAUAUCAUCAAUUAGUAAAUCAGCAUUACAUGGUCUAUCGAUCUUACAAAAACUAAUUCUAUCGGAUGUACGAGCACUGAAAGAUUUCCCACAUUUGGAUGGUUGCAUAUCAUUGGAAACAUUGAGAUUAGAUAGAGCAGGUUUAACAAAUAUCCCACAUAAUUUAUGUAAAAUUGUACCGAAACUUAAAAGUCUGGUUCUCAAAAGAAACGAAUUAAGAAGAAUACCGGAUUUUGGUAAUUGUAAGGAUUUAAAAUUACUAGAUAUUUCCAAUAAUAGAAUACAAGGUUUAUCUGGAAAACCCUUUCAAGGGAUGCCAAAUUUACAAGAUUUACUAUUGUCAAAUAAUGAAAUUAAAACUAUUCCACCAGAUUCAUUUCAUGGAGUUAAUAGACUGCAAUUACUUGACCUAGAAAAUAAUGAAAUUAUAUUUAUUCAUGAGUCAGCUUUUGAGCAUUUGCUUCUUUUAGAAGAUUUAAAUUUGGGUAAUAAUAUGUUCCCGGUAUUGCCAUCAACUGGUCUACAAGGACUUCUUCAUUUGAAAACUUUCAAUAAUCCAAAACUUAGAGAAUUUCCACAACCAAAAGAAUUUCCAAAAAUUCAAACUUUAGUCUUAUCAUACGCUUAUCAUUGUUGUCCAUUUUUACCGCUAGUAGCUUCAACAGUUAGUCAAAAGAAAAGUCUUUAUUAUGAGAAAGUUUAUAUUCCAACAAAAGAUGAAUUAGAUAUGGGAUUUUGGAAUAAAAGUAUGACAGAUUUAUGGCCGCAAUUUGGAAAUUUUUCAACUAAAUUUGGUACACAAAUGCAUGAAAUAUGGGAUAGUUUUGGACAGGAUUUCAUUUAUCCCGGAAAUCUUCCAACGUAUAUUGAAGAAUAUUUUGAAGAUGAUGACAAUAACAAUAAUAAUAAUUAUCAAUUAAAACCCCAGACAUCAGAUUUUCCACCAUCAACAUCAGUACAAUGUUUACCACUGCCAGGACCAUUUUUACCAUGUGCAGAUUUAUUUGAUUGGUGGACUUUACGUUGUGGUGUUUGGAUUGUGUUCCUUUUAGCAAUGUUAGGCAAUGGAACGGUUGUAUUCGUUUUAAUAUUUUCAAAAUCAAAAAUGGAUGUGCCUAGAUUUUUGGUGUGUAAUUUAGCUGUAGCUGAUUUUUUUAUGGGUGUAUAUUUAGGUAUAUUAGCGAUAGUUGAUGCAGCAACAUUAGGUCAAUUUCGUAUGUAUGCAAUACCAUGGCAAAUGAGUGUUAUAUGUCAAAUAGCUGGAUUUUUAGCUGUACUAUCAUCAGAACUAUCAGUAUAUACGCUGUCGGUGAUAACAUUAGAACGAAAUUAUGCAAUUACAAACGCAAUACAUUUAAAUAAAAGAUUAACUUUAAAGCAAGCAACAUACAUUAUGGUAUUUGGAUGGAUGUUUGCAUUAACAAUGGCCAUAUUACCAUUAGUCGGUGUAUCAGAUUAUAGAAAAUUUGCUGUUUGUUUGCCAUUUGAAACAACAACUGGAUUGGCUAGUUUAAGUUAUGUUGUGGCAUUAAUGUUCAUUAAUGGUUGUGCAUUUCUUACAUUAAUGGGUUGCUAUCUAAAAAUGUACUGGGCUAUUCGAGGUUCACAAGCAUGGAAUACAAAUGAUUCAAGAAUAGCAAAACGUAUGGCUUUAUUAGUAUUUACAGAUUUUUUAUGUUGGUCUCCAAUAGCAUUUUUUAGUUUAACUGCAAUUUUUGGACUACAAUUAAUUUCAUUAGAGCAAGCUAAAAUUUUUACUGUUUUUAUAUUGCCUUUAAAUUCAUGUUGCAAUCCAUUUUUGUAUGCAAUUAUGACAAAACAAUUUAAAAAAGACUGUAUCACGCUAUGUAAGAGUUUCGAAGAGACGCGAGUUUCAAAAACAACAGGUGGACGUGGUGACCACAGACGUGGGGGUACCGGAGGAGGCGGUGGUGGUGCUGGUGGUACAAAAGAAUUACCACCAUUAUUACCCAAUCCACAUGUUGGUUGUCGUUGUUUACGUAUGUUGCCACAUGAAAUGCCUAAAUGGCAAAAAUUCCCAAAGAAACAGAAUAUUUUUAUACGAACUUGGAAUCGAUUGACUUGUAAAAAGAAAAAGAAGACAGAAACACACAGAAGAAAACCGGCACGGCCUGAUCCAUAUACUUAUCAAUUUGCUGAAAUAAAGUCAAAGAAAACAUCACGUGCGAGUUCAAUAUCAAGCGAGAAUUUUUGUUCUUCAAGAUCUAGCUCAUGGAAAAAUGGUCCACCAAAUUCACAUAAUUGUGCAAUUCCAUUAAAAAUCAUGGAUCCAAGUAGUAGAAGAAGACAUUCAGCAUGGUUAAUUACUAGGAAAACGUCGCAAGAUUCAACGUUAUCUAGUUCAAGAAAUGAUUCAUCAGCUUCAGCUACAACUGCUAGUACUUCAACAUUUCGUUUAUCGAGAUCAAGUGCUGGUAGUACAACACCAUUACCAUCCAUUAUUGGUGCGUUUUUUACAAGUGGUUCUUCUUCCUCCAAACAACAAAUAUCAUUUUCAUAUUCUGGAACACAAAAACCACGUUUAGUACGCCAACAAGCUGUACAAGAAGAAGAAGAUGACUCAUCACCACCAAGAUUGGGUGUACGCUUCCUACCAACAAUACCAUCAGCAGCUGAUAGUAGUGUUGUUAUGGAAGAUGAAAUAAAUCAAGUAGCUACAACAGCUGCAACAGCUGCUGCUGAUCAAAUCAUUUCAGCACAUUUAUAUGCUGUAUUACAACAAGGCGAUAAUACAACUAAAGCAACAAUUUCUAGUCCCGAAGAUGAUACAGAUAAGCAGCCACCAUGAUCAAAGGAGUAUUUUUUGUAAAUUCUUAGUUUUAUUUCAUAUCCUGUCCAUUCUUAUUUUUCAACUCGGUUCUUGCAUAUUCUUAUUUAUCUGAUAUUUAUUUUUACAUCAUCAAUGUUUAUAAUUCUAAAUUUAAUUUUAUGUUCAUACAUAUAUUUAUGUAAUAUUAUAUAAUUUUAUUUAUUGUUUGCAUUUUAAAUUGUUUUACGCAUAUUUUCAAACAUACGUAAUAAAUGUGUGUGUUUGUGCAAUGGAAAUAUUUAUUUUUUAAAUUAUUUUCUUCUUAUUUUAUUAAAACGCGAUCUAAAUUCUAAAUUACAAUAGCAAAAUAUUUGAAAUUUAAAGUGCCAUAUAAGUGGCAAGGUUUAAUUCAAUUCUCGACUUCAUUAACUUGAAAUCAGCCACAUGCAACAUUUUUUUCCAAAUUAAGAUUUUUCUUUUAAUGUAAAUGUCUUUUUAUCAAAUGAAAUUGUGAGAUAACAUUUUAUAGCCUCAUUUUCCAUAAUAAUUUUUAGAGCCUUUCAGCAUAUUGAAUUUAAAAUUGUUCUUGUGAUCAUGAAUUCAAUAUUAAUUUAACGUUUUGAUUACAAAGUAAAACCGAAAUUUAGAGGUUGAUUUUGGACUUUAUGAUCGAGUAAUUAUGGAAAUGUUAUUCUUGUUUAACAAUACCCUUAUUUAAUUUUCAUAUAGUCAAAAAUGUAAGUUUUUCCAAUUUAUAUAUUGAUAAACAAAUAACAAGGAAACAAAUACUGCCAUAUUUAAAAAAUAAUAUAAAACAGUCAUAAUAUUAUUAUUAGCAAUAUUAAAACAGUAGAAAGCAGUUGUAACGAAAAAUUGAUUAAUAGCGAUCGUUAAUAUUUUAGCGACAUCACUGUUAUAUUAGCAACAAAAUCAGUUGUAACAAAUUAUUUUUUUUUCUUCCUUCAAAAUCUAUUUUAUCAAAUGUCAUUUUCACCUACUUUUUUUUCAAUUUAGCAUAGUGUGGUAAAUGUUUCAGUCUAAAAUCUAUGGGAACAUUUGUACAUAUUUUUCCUGUUAUUUCAUGUUGUAAACAUUACGGAACAGGCUGUUAUCUUCCGAAUUUUUUUUUACAGCAAUUACAAAUUCAAGUUGGUAUUGCUAUAAUAUACAUAGAUUACAGAGUAUAAUAAUUAUUAAUACUUAAUACAAAUGAGCAAAUUUAGUGAAAUAAAAUAGUAAAUAAAUUAGUAAUUUUGUAAUAAUGGUCGUCAGUAGGUACUGCCGCUGAUCCUUUACCGUUCGUUAUAAUCGUUUUCUACUGUAAUUGAAUUUGUAAAAUAAUUAAAAUGUUAAAAGAAUAAAAAUUAUAACACUAUGGUGACUUUAGACAAAGAAGAAACUUUUUUUAUUUAAUAAAAUAUUUAUUAAAAUAUAAUUAUUUAAAACGAAAGAACAAAAAAAAAACGUGAUAUAAAUUGUAUUAAAUUAAAAAUUUAAAAAUAAGUUAAAAAAUAUUUUAAAAAAAUGUUAAAUAAAAA